CCACCGUUUGUCGUGCGGUUCUGAAGAGCUGAAGAGCUGGGAUAGUGUUUUUUGCUAUUCAAUAUUCAACAAAUGCAUUAGCCUGAUUUUGUACCAGAAUUAGACAAAAAGGUAAACUCCUUUUGUACACAGCACGCAUGCGUUUUGAAACCGAAACCUUCCAAGCAGCUAAAGUCCACCAUUUCGGCUACCAUGGUAACUCACACCUUGUUUACUAUGCAUCCAGCAGCACGCCGCUUAUCGACUUAUUUCAUCGAUAGUGCCCCAUCAUCGCAGUCACCAUAACUAACUAACGUUCUUGCUGAAAUAACCGUCCUCCAUAAAUUCUGUGCGUGACUAUAUUUCUAAACUCUCGCCCGAAAUGUCCCUGUUGGGUAGUGAGAAUAUUAAACUGCUGCAAAAGCUGUUCAAGGCAAGCGAAGACGAUUCCUCGUCGGAUGAAAACGAACCUGCACAAGACACCGUCCAACAGUUCGGACCUGGCGAUAUUGGAGAGCCGGCUACGGUAAAGCCGAAACGGAAACCCCCGACCGAUCCGACGGAACACGUGAAACCUUGCACCUAUGCACCACUCGAACCACACCACUCCCAUCCGGAAGCGGAACAGCAACCCAACACACUCGAGGAAUGGGAAGCGCAGCAAUUGCAACAGGACCGUACCUUGUUCGAUUCCCGCAAACAGCCAGACUACCGGAUCUCGUACCGUCAAACGGUCGCAACAGAGGAUAUCUAUCUGCAGAUGAACUGUAAAACGCCAGCAACGGCCAGCUGCGAGAAGAUGAUACUGGAGGUGUUUCUUACCGGUGAGGAUGAUUCCGUGGGCAUCCAUCAGAUCGAGCUCGAGGUGAAGGAUCGACGGGUGAUUGUUGGAUCGCCCAAGCAUCGGCUCGAUCUUUGCCUGCCGCACCGGAUCAAUCCGGACAAGGGUAAUGCGGCCUGGCUGUCGGAUCAGAAAACGCUUCGCCUUACGCUAACGAUGGUGCGUGAGCUGGAUUUCGUUAAUUUUUAAAAGAGAAGGCAAGCCAACAGGACUGAUGAAAGGGGGAGAUGAAUAAAGUGGCAACAAUUUAUAGAAAAUGUGUAAAACGAUCAACGGUUCCCCACACAUUUUAUGCACACUUUAUGCAUUUUAAUUGUGCACCGAAGGUUGGUGAAUCGGAACGUACUUUCAUUUCCUCAAAUUACCACCCAUCAAGUUGUGACUUCAUUGCUCUGUGAGCUGUUGGACAAGUUAACUAAAGUUCACAGAAUAUUACAACAGAGAACAAUCAGAAAUUGUAAAGCUCGAACAACAGAAAGCAGGCAUUACUUACAGGCUAAUUUUUAUUGCUACCUUCCUCCGGAGUUGUCCUACUGAUCUGUUAGUACAUAUUUUCUUUAAGUCGUUCCUGUUUUUCAACCCUUUCAACAUACUUUAUCACAAAAAUAUUAUAACAAAAGGGCUGCCAAUCGGUCUAAAUCGUGUUGAUCGGCUGCGGUGAGAUGUUAAAAUCGGUGAUCAUUUCAUCGGGAAUGUUGUAGUCUGUUUCGCAAUAUUUUUUUGUAUUUGCCAGGUACUACUUGACUAAAGUAACUCCAAUACCUAGGUUCAACAAGCGGUUUCGGGAUAGAUUUUAGGCCGCAUGGUGUUGGGGAAAUAAGGAUUUCAGCAAAAAAAAAUGAAUUAAUGCAUCCCAAGAUAAUAUAUUGGGAGAUUGUUAUACUAUGAAAGAGCAAUUUUGCUUUUUUUUAAUUCAAUAAUAAAUGGCCUUCCGUAUAACUUGUCCUUCAUUGAGAAGACAUAUUGAAAUUCAAAAUGCCACACACUCAUCAUGGCGCAAAACUUUGGUCGGCGAAGCAUAGGCAAGAUCUUUGAAAAUAGCUUUAUUAGCUAGAAAUCUUAGUAAAUUCAUUUUAAAGCGGCAAGAGAAAUGUCCAUAAUGUUUCAUUAUUGUUUUAAAUUAUCUCCUAGGCCUCAGAGAGGUUUAAAAAAGGUAAAAUAUCUUUAAAAAUAUGGCUUUUGAUGGAAUAGAAACAGAAACAUCAUACGACAAGAUCGCCUUGCAUGCCCCCACUGGCAACCAGAAGGCGCGCACCACGCAACCGUAAUUGCCUCAGCCCUUAUAUGUAUAUAAGCAUAUAAUUCAAUUACAUUGUGCCAUCAGCAAACUGGUAACUGUGGCAACCGAGAUCCAUUUCGUUGCGGUU